UGCUUCCGGAGCGAUUUAUAUAGUAGUACUAAAAAUAACUUAUUACAUCAGUUCGCGCAUGCGCGCUUCGCAAUUUCCGUUGGAUGUUCAAGACCAUUUGAUAAAACACCCCGGAAAUCGAAAACCAGAAAGACCUGCUAUUGAAGGAUCUGGUCAUUUCAAAAUGCAAACAAUCAAGUGUGUGGUUGUUGGUGAUGGAGCAGUGGGUAAAACCUGUCUGCUGAUCUCCUACACAACAAACAAGUUCCCAUCUGAGUAUGUUCCUACCGUAUUUGAUAACUAUGCAGUGACAGUAAUGAUUGGUGGAGAACCUUACACCCUGGGUCUAUUUGAUACCGCUGGACAGGAAGAUUACGACAGACUACGACCUCUGAGUUACCCACAAACUGAUGUCUUUCUAGUGUGUUUUUCAGUAGUCUCUCCAUCAUCAUUUGAAAAUGUGAAAGAGAAGUGGGUCCCAGAAAUUACACAUCAUUGUCAGAAAACUCCAUUCUUAUUGGUUGGAACACAGUUAGAUUUAAGAGAUGAUGCUACCACUAUAGAAAAAUUAGCCAAGAAUAAACAGAAGCCUAUUACAAUUGAACAAGGAGAGAAACUGUCCCGAGAACUAAAAGCUGUGAAAUAUGUGGAAUGUUCUGCCUUAACACAGAAAGGACUAAAGAACGUGUUUGAUGAGGCCAUUCUAGCUGCCCUGGAACCCCCAGAGCCACCCAAGAAGAAGAAGUGUGUGCUGUUAUAGACUUACCGAAGAGAAUUGCACUCAAAACUUUGAACUGACAAAAAGAACAGCAGGAGCUGGGAGUGACAUUAAAAAGCAGAUAAAACUAGGUCAUGUCAUUGCAUACAGUUUCCUAAUGAUGUUAUAUUGAUAUGGUUUAAUCUGCAGUCAAAUUAGGCUUGUCCUUAUCUCAAACCUAGAAAACAGUUCUCUGUAUUAACAAAGAACACUAUGUAAUUGGAAGCAUAGAUUAUUCUACAUUUUUAUGCCAAUUUGUAAUUAAUUUACCUUAAGAAAGUAUUCGCAAGUUUCUACAGGAUCAUUAAAUGAGUUAAAAUCAAACUCACAAGUAUUCAAAGGAACACAUAUUUUGCAUGCUGUUUUCAAAAAGUCAUUGCAGUUUUCCUUCAUAUGAAACAGAUUUAAAUCUUAUCUAACAAAAAACUUCAUACUUGUGAACCAUUUGGUUGAGAUCUGCCACUGCUGUAUUUUAUAUUAAACAUGUUUAUCAGUAGAAUGUCUUUAAAAUAUAUAUAAAUCUAUAUUCUCAUUAAGAAAAUCCUGUUUGCAUUUACAGCAGGCCGUUAAAUAUAAGAUUAUAUAUGGUUUUGUGAAAAAGACUUGUGAUCACUUAAAGGGCUACAAUUACUCUUCUGUAUCGUUCCUUUGUCACUUUCUUACUUUCUAUAAUAAGACAUUUGUGAGAUUUCAUUUUUGAAUUUAUUUGGUUUUCACACAGACUAUAUAUCAAUAUAUGCAUGUUAGAUACAUAGUCAUUAUUGUAGAAAAGCAUUCAUGUGUUUGAUCUAUGUCAUGUGCUGAAAUUAUUUUUUGAAGAAAUAUUCAGUGAUAUUUGUUCCCUGGUAACAUUUUCCUAUACCAUCUACAAACACUGGUUAUGUUACUGUAACAGUAUAAUUAAGUAUACACUUUUCCCACUAUUUAUAUGAUAAUACAUAUAUAAUUGUAUAUUUGUCUGCAUAGAAGAGAAGUUUAAGUGCUAUUGCAAGAGAUCAGAAAAUUUCGUCAGUAUGAAUAUAUUUUCUCCACAAUGACUAGGAUUCGUCAGAAUUUUCUUUGGGUCUGAUACUGGUAUCAAAUAUAAAGCUUACCCAGAUUACUUUCUUUAUUUAUUUAAGUACAUGUACCAUUUGGAUAUGUAAAAAACAACUGUAUCCAGUAUCCUCUGUUGCUGGAAUGCUUACAAUUGAGAUUUUAUCUUCUUUGACAUUCAAUAAAUAUCAAAUUAUCUACAAACUGAAGUAUUUUCCAAAUUUGUCAGGUACACAGUGAUUAAAAACAAUUCUCGGUUACUGUAGUGAAAAUGUUGCUUAAUUUUAUUUAAAAAAAAAACGGUUGUGUAAGAUAAUUUUCUUUUGAAAAAAAUUUUAAUGUGAAAAAUAAUAGAAUCCAGGAAUUAAUGUCAAUUAUUUCUAAGUCUGUUUCUCUAAUUGAAUGAAAGACACACAUGAAAAAUCAAAGUGUGUUGCCAAAAUGUUGGGAAAGUCUGUCAUUAAUUGACUUUCCUGGCCUUGUGGAGAAGAGUAAGUCUGUCAUUAAUUGACUUUCCUGGCCUUGUGGAGACGAGUCAUGGUUAAACUGUCAUAUGCUGCAUGUAUGUAGACCAAAGCUUCCUGUUUGUGUUGUGUUGUGUUAUGAUUGUUUAUGAGAAUGAGUGUGAAAGAAGAAUUUGUAUUGUUAUUAUUACAGACUUAACUGUCUUAAAUGAAAGAUGUAUAUAACCCGCUAAGUAUAAAACGUACACUUCAGAAAGGAAACAGUCUUGUAUCCAUAUGCAUUAUAUAGUAAAUUGGAUUUCACCUACUGUUCCGUUAAAGCAUGAUCGAUAAAAGUUUUUGCCAUCUGCACCACUGAAACUUGAUUAGUCAAAGUAAAAUUUUCAAACAUUACAAAGUCAAUGUGAUUUGCAUUAAGAGCAGUAUGAAGUAUCUAAUGUGAGUUUUAAGUAUGAGAGGGUUUUCAAUGUUUUUUUACUAGCUUGAAUAUUGUCAAAAUUUUGAUCAUACUUAAUUAUUUUACCAUUGAUGAGAAAACAAUCAUUUCUUUUCAUAACUUGGAGAAAACAAUAUUUUACAUACUUUUAUGAAUAUUUUUGAUCAUAGAUAUAGAGGGAACAUGAAUGUUUGUAUCAUAAUUGGAAAAAGAAGAAGAAAAAGAAAUAUAUUUGUAUAUACAAAAUAUAAUUAUCCUUUUGAGGUAUUUCCCUGACCCAACACUUUCUCCUGCGAUAAUUGUUUUAAUAAUUAACAUGCCUUAAGAGAAAAAAAAAUUCAUAAACGUCCUGUCAUUAAAAAGUGUCAAGGGAAUAUGUACGUUAUGUAUUAAAACUGUCAGAUACUCUGAAGUGGAGUUCAGAAAUAAAAUGUUGCAUUUGAUAAAGCAAUGAUCAGUCCUGUGUUCUAAAGUUUAGAUCUGAAGAGAUUUGCAAACAGAAAAAGCAAAUUGUAUUUUAAUAUGUAUCAAUUCAAAAAGCAGUUUCUGAAAUGAGUUAAUGAAAAUUCUGAUUAAUGAAAUUGAAUGCUAUGAAGAUGGUGUCUUUAAACAUUUAAGUAUUAGUACAUGUGAGGAUUGAAAAAAUAUUAUUAUACUCCUCUGUAAAUAUACCAUUGUAAAUGUACUCACUAACUUAGUUGUUACAUUGCUUAGAUUCACUAGUUUAACCUACUUCUCUAUCCUUCCUGACCUUCCCUUUUGUCGAUGUAAUUAACUAAUUAUAUGUUGAUUCUGCCCUUGUAAUGUUAAAUGUAAUAACUUUGAAAGGAUAGUGGAUUUGUUCUGCAUGUUCUUCAAUAAAAAUCAAGGAAUCAGCGAUUUCUAUUUGUUAGAUAAAUUCAGUCUGACAAUUUUUAUAAAGGUCUACUAAAUUUAAUAAGUUAAUGUACCUGGUAACAACUUAUCUUUUGAUACUAAACUAACAAACUGGGUAUAUCUUGUGGGUAAUUGCUAAGUAAAACAGUAAUAGGCUUUCUCUUCUCUAAAAAUAUAUUUUUUCACAAAUUAUUCAUUGGGCAAAAAAAAUCUCGGUUCUCCGGCCCUCCCUCAUCAGUUUUGAUGUGGAAAAGCCGCUUAUCACAGGUUUUUCCUGGUUUAAUAAAACAAAAGGUCAUCUUUGUUGUUAUUCUUCCGAUAGAAGAAUGUAUGGUAAAAGGUAUCAACAACAAACCUUUCUCCAGUAAUAUCCAUUAUAUUUAACCAUGAAAAAAGAGCACAUGUUGAAGCAGUUUAUAUGAAAAUGGAUAAAGAUUGAUUCGA